AUGCCCUCUAUAACACCACCAAAUAUCCCUACCACACACGGUCGCGGUAAGGACAUAACUUUAGCAAAACAAGUUUUUCAAGAUGAACAAGAACAACCCACCUCUCCCAUGCAAUCAAAAAAGUUAAUUGAAAAACCAUCUCGAAAACGAAAGCGAGAAACAGAACGACUUAGCGGUCGACCAACCAAAGAUGAAGUUCUCAUGCGUAUGAACGAAGUCAAUGACGACAUGGCCACACUACAACUAUCACGUCGCGAACUUGUUCUACCCAACUCCGAAGGUGUUUGUAAAAAAUCAAAAACAAUAUUGACAAAACUUAAACGCGAUAUUACAGUAUCAAACAAAAACAAUUUAUGA